UAAGGCACAGAUGGAGCUCAAGUCAUAUGAUCUCUCACAAUUCCAGAGUAGGGCUGAACAGAAUGAACAUCAUAAGCUUUGUGAGCUUGUAAAGAGGAUCGAGCAGGAGCUUUUAGAAGCAAAAUCUGCUGCCAGUGAAAAGCAACUUUUGUACGAAGAAUGUAUAACUACAGUGUCAUUGCUUAAAAAAUCAAUCUGUAAGAAUACUAAUAAUCGGGAUGCCAGGCUCAAAGAUUUAGAGAAAAAGAUUAAGGCAAUAAAAGCUCAGGUGCAGUCAGCCUCUAAGGAACUCAAGAUAACAACGGGGCAUGCUAAUGAAAAGGAGAGGCUUCUCAUGGAAAUGGAAGCUGUCAAACAAGAAUAUGCAUCCUUGGAGAGUCAGUCAGUUUCUCUGAAGCAGCUGAUUAACAGUCUUACUUCAGAAGUAGAUGGACAUAAAACCAGGAUUGCUUCCAUAAGAAAUGCUCAUGAUCAGGCGCAAUCUGAGCUCAAUCUUUUCCGCUCAAAGAUGAAGGAGUGUGAUACACAGAUUAGUUGCAUUCUCAGGAAGCAGCAGGAACUUCAACACAAAAUUAGUGAGACAAAUCUUGAGAGGAAGAAGAUGGAAAAUGAGGUAAAACGAAUGGAGAUGGAACAGAAAAGUUGCUCCUUGAAGGUCGAAAAACUAAUAGAGAAGCAUGCUUGGAUAACACUUGAGAAACACCGAUUUGGAAGAAGUGGGACAGAUUAUGAUUUUGCAUCUUGUGAUCCUCAUACAGCAAGGGAAGAUUUUGAAAAGCUACAAGCUGAGCAAUCAGGCCUUGAGAAACGGGUUAACAAGAAAGUCAUGGCAAUGUUUGAGAAAUCAGAAGACGAGUACAACGAUUUAAUAUCAAAGAAGAACAUUAUUGAGAAUGACAAGACAAAAAUCAAGAUGGUGAUUGAAGAACUUGAUGAAAAGAAGAAAGAAACGCUGAAAGUUACUUGGUUAAAGGUUAACAAUGAUUUUGGAUCCAUGUUUUCUACACUAUUACCUGGCACAAUGGCGAAGCUAGAAACUCCUGAGGGAAGUACCUUCUUAGACGGUCUUGAGGUUUGUGUUGCAUUUGGAAGUGUUUGGAAACAGUCCUUGUCAGAACUUAGCGGUGGACAAAGAUCUUUACUUGCACUUUCUCUGAUUCUGGCACUGCUUCUGUUUAAACCAGCUCCACUUUAUAUACUGGAUGAGGUUGAUGCAGCUCUUGAUCUAAGCCACACCCAGAACAUUGGAAGACUGAUCAAAACUCACUUUCCACAUUCACAGUUCAUUGUGGUUUCUUUGAAAGAAGGCAUGUUCAAUAAUGCCAAUGUUCUUUUUCGGACAAAGUUUGUGGAUGGUGUUUCUACUGUGCAGAGAACAGUAGCAUCUAAGCCAAACAAGUGAUUCAUAUUCUCUGAGGAUCAAAUCUCAAACUGCUUCAGGGACCUCUGCAGUGGUUUCAGGUAGGUGACAGCUGGUGUACAAUCAACUAUGGACCGAUCAUGUAUUUUUUGUAUCUAAAUGUAUAUGGUGUAAUGUAAAUUAUCAUUAGCUUCUUUGUAUUUUGGUAUUUAGAUAGUCAUAACUAGUUAAUCCUUCUGAUGUAAUUAAACCUUAUUGUGGUCGCUCUACAGAUGCUUCCCCUUCUACUCUCUGGCCUCUUUUGGCAAUGUAGUAGGUUGAAUUGUGAUUCAUAAUAAGGAACAUAUAUUUACACUUAA